CCGCGCAUGCGCAGCUCCAGCGCCGCCCGUCGUGUCUCCGCGGCUCUGUGUGUGAGUGUCUCCCGGCGGUGGCUCCUCGGCAGCGGCUCCUUCUGCGGCUCCUGCCGGAACAAAGCAGCGGAUCUUCGGCCUCUUGGGCAGCGCAGCUGGGUCUGACCUGGCCCGGCUCGGCUUGGCUCGGCUCGGCUCGCCUCCCCCCCCUCCUCUGCGGCCCGCAGCUCGCGCUCAGCCUGCCGCAGGCCUGGGCCUGGACUCCCGCUUUUCUCCCGGAAAAUGGACGGAUUCACCGGUAGUUUAGAGGACAGUAUGUCCGGAGCGAGCGUCUCAGAUGUUAACGAUCGUCUCUCGUCCCUGGAGCUCCGUGUCCAGCAGCAGGAGGACGAGUUGACGGUGAUGAAGGCGGCGCUGGCGGACGUCCUCCGCCGUCUCGCCGCCUCGGAAGCAUCCACCGCCUCGGCCAAGAAGCAGAUCGCAGGGAAAGGGGGCGGAGCUUCUCUGCGUGAAGCCUACUCCAUGUCCUGCAUCUCCAACGGAGGGACGCCCGGACGCAAGAGAGAGUCCACGUCCGUCACCCGCAAGGAGACACUUUCCUCCGCCGCCAAGAGCGGAGCGGACAGGAAGAAGGAGGUCAGCAGCUCUCAGAUGGACGAGAUCCAGGAGGGGGAGGAGCCUUCUCGCUCAAAGGACCCGCCCCCCUUCCUCCCCCCCGCUUCCCCCCUUUCCCUAACCCCCCAGCAACAAAGACCUGCUCCCUCUGCAGAGAGCAGUAAAGGCCACGCCCCUCCAAAAAGGUCCUGACUUUUCCUGGACUCUCAGGGUGUUAGGCCGUCUACACAUGAAAAAAACCCAGAUCUGCCCCUGGAGACACCAGGAGGAAGAUCUGCCCCUGGAGGCACCAGGAGGAAAAUCUGCCCCUUGAGACACCAGGAGGGAGUUUCAGCCAAAAUGUCGACACGAGAGAAAAACAGCCAAGCUGAGGGGAACCACAUUAAGAUGUUUAUGCGUGGGCGACCCAUCACGAUGUUCAUCCCUUCAGACGUGGAGAACUACGACGACGUUCGGACAGAACUUCCUUCAGAAAGACUCAAGCUGGAGUGGGUCUAUGGUUACCGCGGUAGAGACUGCCGAGCCAACGUUUACCUCCUUCCUACGGGGGAGAUCGUGUACUUCAUCGCCUCAGUCGUGGUUCUGUUUAACUACGAAGAGCGGACCCAGAGACAUUACCUCGGACACACCGACUGUGUCAAGUGUCUGGCCAUCCAUCCAGAUAAGAUCCGCAUUGCUACGGGACAAAUCGCAGGAGUGGAUAAAGACGGACGGGCGCUGCAGCCCCACGUGCGCGUCUGGGACAGCGUCAGUCUCUCAACACUGCAGGUCCUCGGGUUGGGAACGUUCGAGCGAGGCGUCGGCUCGCUGGCUUUCUCCAAAGCUGACCUGGGGCAGCACCUGAGCGUCAUCGAUGACUGUAACGACCACAUGCUGACCGUGUGGGACUGGCAGAAGAAGUUAAAGAUCGCUGAGAUCAAGACCACUAACGAGGUCGUCCUGGCCGUAGAGUUCCACCCGACUGACCCGAACACCAUCGUCACCUGCGGAAAGUCCCACAUCUUCUUCUGGACCUGGACCGGCAACUCUCUGGCUCGGAAACAGGGGAUCUUUGGGAAAUACGAGAAGCCGAAGUUCGUCCAGUGUCUCGCCUUCCUGAGUUCUGGAGACAUCCUGACUGGAGACUCUGGAGGAAUCCUGCUGGUCUGGACCCGGAGCGCAGCCGAGACCCCCGGGAAGGGCCCCCGAGGUGAGGGGGGUGGGGUACUGUACUACAUCAGGAAAAACUUCCUUCUUUACAGAGACACUGAUACAGAUAUCCAGAGACAUCAGACAGAGGCAGACGCUUGGGUUGUGGGGGAGAUCGCUCUGGUGGGGGACAUCGGUCUGGUGGGGGACAUCGGUCUGGUGGGGGACAUCGGUCUGGUGGGGGACAUCGGUCUGGUGGGGGACAUCGGUCUGGUGGGGGACAUCGGUCUGAGAAUCACGACGACGACGGCAGUUUGUGUGUCUGUUUGUGUGUGUGUGUGUGCGCAGGUCCCAGAUCAGUACGGAACCAUCCGAGCUCUGUCUGAGGGGAGGGGGGAGGAGUUUCUGGUCGGGACGUCCCGUAACUUCAUCCUGAGAGGAAGCUUCAACGACGGCUUCCUAGUGGAGGUCCAGGGACACACUGACGAGCUGUGGGGGCUGGCGUCCCACCCGUCCUCCUCCGUGUUUCUGACAUGUGGACAGGAUCGUCUGGUCUGUGUCUGGAGCUCCGAGGACCACCGUCUGCAGUGGAGCCGCACGCUGGAGGAACACGGCCACUGUGCAGACUUCCAUCCCAGCGGAGCCGUGGUCGCCAUAGGAACGCACUCAGGGAAGUCAGUACCACUAAUUACUAAAUAUUAG